CUUUGUGAGGCUAUCAACGCCAAGACAUCUUAACCUGUAGCUGGAAAAAGCAGCCCAUCCCGCUGCAAAAAUCCAGUCUGAUUCUGGUGCAGCCUUGGGCAAGUCACAUGCAGGAAAUCUAGUUGUGAGCCCAUAGAAGAUACCUAGUGGCUUUCUGCAAAGAAUAAUUGGGACAAAGAGGAAAUUCAAAGACUUAUCUCAAAAUGAAGGAACUAAAUGAAUCCUGACAUAAUUUAUUUUUCACACACGUCUGAAUUGGACACAUUUUUACCAUUGAAAUGUCCCCUGUUCCAUGUUCAGGUAUUCUCAAAGCAAGUUUCUGGUGUAAGAAUAGAACGCUUAGAAUCCCUCUGUGAAGUUUUCUUUCUUUUCCUUUAAUUUCAAAUUGCAUUCUCUACAGUUAAGCAUUUGGAAAUGCUGCAAGAUACUCUGGAAUAGAAUUCCCAUCUUUAUAGAAAGGUAGAUGUUUACUAGUCUUACAUAAUCCCAAUUGCUUUGUACCACUGAAUGAAACAUUCUAGAUCAUGUUUUCUGGCUCUGAAGGGAAAUGGCACAGCACAGUUUACAUCCCUCUCUUCCUCUUGCAGAAAGGAUGGUCAUUAAUGUCAUCUGCCAGUGACAAAUCCUUGCCUGGGUUAUCCCCUGACUUAGGGAAAUACCAGUUUUCACAGACCAAAACUAUCAUAGGGCAGGUGUUCACAGUGGGUGGCUUGAGCUAUUCCCUUUUUGUUUACUAGUGUCGAAGUAGCCCAAGGAGCUGAACUAGAUUUGCUUACAUCCUGGGAUGUAAUUUGUUUAAUCAUGUGUGGAAACUGCCACAGUAUGUAAUAGGCCUGGUUUAGUGAAGUCAAAGUGCUGGUGUAGUUGUGAUGCUGGAGGAGGCACUUGGCUGUUACACUACUGGGUUUCAUAGGUAUAAUUGACUUGAAGGCAUUUCCUGAUGUAAUUAAUCUGUGUUUUCUCUAAGAAAAUCACUGAAUGUUCUAUUUUGAAACUAGAGUUAAUAAAGUUAGAAUUGCUUCAACUUCUGUGAACGAAUUUGUUGGAAAUGUUGGCAAAAGAAAAGAUUUGCAUCUUAAAGCAUUGUAGACUCAUUAAAAUUCUUCUCAUGGAUAAUUGAAGAAAACUGAAUUAAAAGGAAAGUUUAAGCAGCUCACAAGCACUGCGACAUUUCAAGCAUGUUAAAAUCAGAAAGAAACAGCUUUUGUAGCUGUAGUCUCCUCCUCCUGUAUUGCGUGUUGGCUUUUCUUAACAAAUAACCAGUUACUGUUGGUUUCUUCAGUUGUCCAAGUAGCUUAUUUAUGCCUGACCCGCACAGUUCCUGACCAUUUUUGUGACCAGCUUUAGAGGGCUUGCCAGCAUGCCUAACAGUGGAGAGCCUCUUAUGAAAACAUCACAAGAUGAAAAUGCACAGAAUGUUUCACAAAGCUUUGAAAAUGGAACCUUUACAGAUGCACAGACUGUCCGCAGAGACUCACUGCUUCAUUUGGAGGAAACCCAAGAUGAAGGCAUAGAGCCAACAGAGUCUCUGUGGACUUCCCUAGCUGAUGGCAGAGUCAGGCUGAGGAUAGAUAACUCAUGUCCUCAGACUCCCAUAACCGUUCAUCAGAUGUUCAAGGACAGCCUAGAAAAGUAUGGAUCUCUUAAUGCUCUGGCCAGCAAAAAGAAUGGGAAGUGGGAGAAGAUAACUUUUUCAGAGUAUUACUGCCUCUCCAGGAAAGCAGCCAAAGGCUUUUUGAAGCUUGGUCUUGAACGAUUCCACAGUGUAGCAAUCCUUGGAUUUAAUUCUCCAGAAUGGUUCAUCUCAGCUGUUGGAGCUGUAUUUGCUGGAGGAAUUGUCACAGGGAUAUACACAACCAAUUCUCCAGAGGCCUGUCACUACAUUGCUCAUGACAGCAAAACCAAUAUCAUGGUUGUGGAAAAUCGGAAGCAACUGGACAAGAUAAUUCAGAUCUGGAAUCGCUUGCCACACUUGAAAGCUGUUGUGCUGUAUAAGGACUCCAUUCCAAAGAGAUAUCCAAAUUUGUAUACGAUGGAAGAGUUUCUGGCGUUGGGAGAUGAUGUGUCCGAUACUACUUUGGAUGAUAUAAUUAAUUCUCAAGAGCCAAAUCAGUGCUGUGUGCUAAUAUACACAUCCGGAACAACUGGGAAGCCAAAAGGAGCCAUGCUGAGUCAUGACAAUAUAACUUGGACAUCAGCACACUGCAGCAGAGCAGGAGAAAUGCAACCUGCAGAGGUCCAACAGGAGUCUAUCGUCAGUUAUCUCCCACUCAGCCACAUAGCUGCGCAGAUAUAUGACCUGUGGACUGGAAUCAAAUGGGGAGAGCAAGUUUACUUUGCUGAGCCAGAUGCUCUGAAGGGCAGCUUGGUCAACACACUGAAAGAAGUGCAGCCAACAUCUCACAUGGGAGUUCCCAGAGUAUGGGAGAAAAUCAUGGAGAAAUUAAAGGAUGCUUCUGCUCAGUCAGGAUUUAUGAAGAAGAAAAUGCUGUCAUGGGCUAUGUCACUUAGCUUAGAGAGAAACAUAAGCUGCUCAAGCAGCAGUGAUUUAAAGCAGUUCUGGAUGAGGUUAGCAGACUACUUUGUGCUUUCAAAAGUACGCAAUGCGCUGGGGUUUUCGUCCUGUCAGAAGCACUUUUCUGGUGCUGCUCCUCUCAAUACAGAAACACUCUAUUUCUUCUUGGGUUUGAAUAUCACCCUGUAUGAGGCCUAUGGUAUGAGUGAGACCACAGGGCCACAUUGCCUAUCUGGGCCAACCAAUUACAGGCAGCACAGCUGUGGGAAACCAGCACCUGGCUGCAGGGUGAAAUUGGUGGACAAAGAUGCAGAAGGCAAUGGAGAAAUCUGUUUCUGGGGAAGGACUGUUUUCAUGGGUUAUUUAAAUAUGGAAGACAAAACAAAAGAAGCCUUUGAUGAGGAUGGGUGGCUGCAUUCUGGAGAUUUAGGAAAACUGGACAAGGAUGGCUUUCUCUAUGUAACUGGAAGAAUUAAAGAUUUGAUAAUUACAGCUGGAGGUGAAAAUGUGCCUCCAAUUCCAAUUGAAGAUGCUGUUAAGAAAGAACUCCCAAUUGUUAGCAAUGCUAUGGUCAUUGGAGAUAAAAAGAAGUUUUUGUCAAUGUUGCUGACUCUAAAGACCGUGCUGGACCCAGAUACAUCUGAGCCCACUGACAUUCUCACUGAGCAAGCUAGAGACUUCUGCCAGAAGACUGGUAGUAAAGCCACUAAAGUGUCAGAGAUUGUAGUCACAAGAGACCAGGCAAUCUACCAAGCCAUUCAGGAGGGAAUCGACAAAGUCAACAUGAACGCCACUAAUCGGGUUCAUUGUAUCCAAAAAUGGAUAGUCCUGCCAAGAGAUUUUUCCAUUUCUGGGGGAGAACUAGGUCCAACGAUGAAGCUGAAACGGCUCGCCGUGCUAGAGAAAUACAGAACUGAAGUGGACUCCUUCUAUGAAGAAUGAGCAGUAUUUUCAUCCAAGCAUUAAGAAAGAU